AUGAAAUAUUUAGGGCAUAUCGUUACUCAAGAUGGCAUUAAACCUGAUCCAACAUUGACGAAAGCGGUUACUGAUUUUCCACAGUCAAGAACAAUAAAAGACGUACAAUCAUUUCUGGGAUUGACUGGUUAUUACCGGCGAUUUAUUAAAGAUUAUUCGAAGAUAGCCGAACCUCUCAUAAAACAGUUACGACAACUGAAAGAGAGAAACUAUCAUCUGAAUUGGACUCCAGAAUGUACGACAGCAUUCGAAACUUUAAAGAGUAAACUAGUCAAUGCUCCAAUCAUGAAUACACCGAACUUUAAUGAACCAUUUAUAUUGGAGCUUGAUGCAUGCGAAUAUGGACUGGGUGCCGUACUCGCACAAGAGUACGACAAAAAGAAAUUUGUUAUUGCAUAUGCAAGUCGCACACUAUCAUCAGCAGAACGGAAUUAUAGUGCAACAGAACGCGAAGCACUUGCCAUUGUAUGGGCAACACAACACUUCCGGCCCUAUUUGGAGGGAACGAAAGUACUUAUUAGAUCUGAUUGCAAGGCUUUACAAUGGCUAAAGAAUGCAAAGGAUGUUAGUGGCAGAUUGGCUCGAUGGGCUAUGAAGCUAUCAGCUUUUCAAAUAGAAAGCAUCCAAUAUCGCCCAGGAGCAGCAAAUGCUAAUGCAGAUUCUUUAUCACGAAAUCCGGUUACAACAUGCAUAAUGGAGUCCAUUGGACAAAUAAACCCAAAAGACCAUGAAAGUGAGGAAAGAACGAUACGUGCGAAUAACAACACAAGUAAUUCCUUAAAUUCGUAUGAAAUCUCAACGAUCGAAACAAUAAUCAACCUAUGGGAAAACACGAAUAUUUUAGAAGAUAUAAAGAAAGAACAGCAAGCAGAUCCGAAACUAAUUCCAAUUAUUCAACAAUUAAAAACAAUAAUUCCUACUCUAUUUAAUGAUAAAAGACAACCAUUUGUUUUAAUAAAUGAUAUAUUAUACAAGAUAAAGAAUUCAAAUCGACAUUACAACCAACGUGCCUUAGGUAAUAAGCAUCUUUUGGUCAUCCCAAAAGUUAUGCAAUACAAGUUAUUACAAUGGGCUCAUGAUCACCCAACCGCCGGUCAUGCAGGUCAACAGAAAACUUUAUUUCGUCUAGCAACUCGAGUAUAUUGGGCAUCAAUGCGGAAGGACAUAUAUAAUUAUGUAGCCGCUUGCCAAGAAUGUCAACAAUUCAAGUAUAACAAUAUGCCGAUGGCAACGCCAAUGCAAUUACAUGAAGUGUUGGAACCAUGGCACACUCUAGGAAUAGACAUGAUGGGACCAUUUCCUACUACGUCUCGUCAAAAAAGAUCUUUGCUUGUAGUCGUAGAUUAUUUUACUCGGUGGAUAGAACUAUUUCCAAUGCGCACCACAACUUCUAAGGAUAUUGCUCAAAUACUUAUCAACGAAGUAUUUUCAAGAUACGGAUUGCCAAAAUACAUCUUAUCUGAUAAUGGUCCACAUGAACAUCAGGAACAAAAUGUAAAUGCGUGUACGACUGGAAUUCAAACGAAUGCUGAUGGAACAAUGAAUGGUGAGGCAAGCAACGCAAGUAAAAUUACCCAAUUACAAGGUCAAAUCGACGAGAUGUUGAAAGCUUUUCAAGAUUAUCGUGAACAAAACACAAAUUCAACCAGAACGGAAUUUCAAACAGUGUUUGAGAAAAUGGAAUCAAUUCAAUCAUUAACUGCGUCGUAUUUCGACGAAGCUGCGAGCAAGUAUGAAGAAAAUAAACGACAAUGGCGUCAUAUGCUUGAAGAUAUGAACACUAACAUGAAUUGUAUCAUGAAUAAAUUGGGAUGUCUUACAGGAACAAGAAACAUAUCGUCGAACACCGAUGACAACUCGGGACAUCCUUUUUCGACAAACCCCUAUGCCCCGACACAUAGAUCGGAACAUCCUUUUCUAACAAACCCCUAUAGGGUGGAACCGGAAGCGAAACAGGAAGCAACAACACAAUCGGUAUUUCCACUAAACGGCGUAAAACAUUCCAUCAUAGUACCACCAUCAUCAGCAGCUCCAGUUUUUCACGGAAAGCACUCGGAAAGUCCAACGCAAUUUUUGAUCCGAGUCCAAGAAUAUGCUGAAUCAGUACAUGCGUGGGAUCGUCCCACAUUACUUAACGGUGUUUCACAAUUUUUACGAGACUCAGCGUUAGAAUGGUAUUGUCAACUACGGAUGUCGCAUCGCCGACCACAAACAUGGACUGAAUUUACGGACGUCUUUCUUGCACAAUUUAAUUCACCAGUUCGUAAAGCAAAACAAGAACAAGAAUGGCAUGGAUGUAAGCAAAAAGAAGAUGAAACUAUAAAUGAAUUUCUCGUUCGCCUUCGUGCUCUGUGGAGGGAGCAAAAGCCGAAAGAAACUGAAGCUGAUCUGGUCAAACAUCUGUUUUGUCGGAUGCGAAACGAUUUAUUAAACAUGAUAGGAACACCUCGUAAUGUUUCUUUAGACGAGUUGAUGGCCGAAGUACAACAAAUAGAAGAGAUUUUAUAUCGACGAGCCAAGAAUCAACGCCUAUUAAAUCAAUGUAAACAACCAUCUCCUAUGGAUGUAGAACGAUCAACCAGAAAGCAUUAUAGCGAUGAUUAUUCGCGACAAAAUUACUUCAAGGAUACAAAAGCCUACCAAGUGAACGAAGUAACACCUAAUAGGUACCCAAAUCAUUCAGAUCAUACCACGGUAGAACUAAUGUCAUCACAACAGGGUCAUUAUGAAGGAUGCUAUAAGUGUGGCAGAGAGGGACCCUGGGCAAGGGAUUGUCCAACACGAUAUGGAACGUAUCGACAAGAACGAGGCAAACAAAAUUCAAAAAACGACAUUGGAGCACUGGACGAACGGACCAGACGCGCUCCUAUGUAA